UGUUUGAUCAUGUUUCACCUCCUGUUGACUCCUGUCCCCUCCCGUUUCAAAACAAAGAUUCAGCAUAUUAUUAAUCAUUACGAUCUUAUAUAAACAGACAUCUAAAAUGACUUGCAAGAAUAACAUUGAACUUUGAAUUUUCCUGCAAGUAUAUCUUAUUGUUAAUAUUGCAGCUCUGACUCUUGAAACAGAAACGAAUAGAUAUAUUAGUGAAGUGACUGUCACAUAAAUAUGAGUGAUUCUAAAUGGCAGCCAAUAGAAAAAAAGAUACCCAUGCCAUGGGGUCAUGUUGCAGCAAAAUUUUAUGGACCUCCAGGAGAAAACAACAUCCUAGUGGUGCACGGUAUUUUAGAUAACGCUGGAUCGUUCGAUCGAUUGAUUGAUCUUCUUCCAAGAAAAUACCAUUAUGUAAGCAUUGAUUUACCAGGACAUGGAUUUUCAUCACCAUUUCCUACUGGAGUACCAUUACAAUUUUUUGACUAUGUGUACACAAUAUUGCUAGUUCUUAAUGCUUUAAAAUGGAAAACUUGUAUCUACUUAGCACAUAGUUUUGGUGUUCAAAUAGGAGUGAGUUUCAGUAUUUUAUAUCCUGGAAGACUUGACAAAAUCAUAGCCAUAGAUGGUGUUAUGUCCCCACCAAUUAAAGACCUAGUCUCUUAUACUCAGGAACUAUAUAAUCUGGAUUCUUAUAGUAAAGACACAGGAAGACUCAAUACUAAAGAUGAAGUGAUGUACGCAUUGAAGUUUAAAAGAUGGGAGGCACUAAACUCAGAUGCUGCAGAAGCUACAUUUAAACGUGCAGUCACCAAAAUUGACAACUUGUAUAAGUACAAUCGUGAUCCUAGAUUAAGAAACUACCCAAAACCAAUAUUUACUAUAGAUCAACAUAGAGAGUUUAUGUUAAGAUUCCAAACUCCAAUGUUAAUAAUUCUAGCAGAGAGCUCUUCGCGACGUAAACCAUUAGCUAUUAUGGCAAGGGAAUUAGGAACAUUAGUUCGUGAUAACAUUCCUUAUCAUGUAGUUUCUGUAGAAGGAAAUCAUGAUGUACAUAACAACUAUCCUGAAAGGGUAGCACCAAUCAUAUGUAAGUUUUUAGAUAAUGACACAAAAAGUAAAUUAUAAAAUUUUAUUGUUACAAAAUAAUUUUACUGAUCAAAGUUAUUGUUUAUAGUAUUUCUAUUUUUAUAUACAUAGUGGUAUUAAAAUGUGCAAAACAAAUGUACAUUUAAAUUUGUUUAUAAAUAAUUAUAUGAGUUAUUGAGA